UUCCGUGCAUUAGUAAGUAGGUACUUUCUCGGGUUAAGUUCGUAUUCGUCGAAGGACAAUUCCGACUGGGAUCGGAAAUCGGGGUCACCGAUCUUCGUUUUCUUUUUGAAAAAUCCGGAAAAAGUGCGGUCGAUGCUGAGUGAACGUUUCGGAAUCGGUCGACACGUCAAUAAAUGAACCCGUGACGGGAACAAGGGAACAUGCCACCGACACGCUCGUGAAUUUCCUGGGCGGCUCGUCGAUUUAGCAGAUAAACAUGUGCUUGACAAAAGUUUGAGUCUUGUCGUACGAUGCAGUCCAUUUAUUGGACCGGGAGGCUGUUGUCUCGGGCGAUAUGGAACAGCAUAUCAAAUUAUACAGCAUGCACCGAUCCGAACGUGAACAAACGUCGCGAGGCAUCGUUCGUUUCUGCAGUGUGCGGUUUUCCGAAAGAUUUUGCACGAGGUCGUAUUCGUAAAGGACAGUUCGGUGACGACGCUUGGUUCAGUGCUAAAUUCAAGACUGUUGAAGUGAUAGGUGUAGCGGACGGUGUAGGUGGAUGGAGGCAUUAUGGAAUCGAUCCAGGAGAGUUUUCCAGUUUUCUAAUGAGAACUUGUGAAAGACUGGUGUCUAUGGGCAGGUUUACACCCUCGGAACCGGCUGGUUUAUUAGCGCGUAGUUACUAUGAAUUGUUAGAAAAUAAACAACCCAUAUUAGGUAGCAGUACUGCGUGUGUUAUAGUUCUCAAUAAAGAGACAAGUAGCAUUUACGCUGCCAAUAUCGGAGACAGUGGUUUUGUAGUUGUAAGGAAAGGAGAAGUAGUUCACCGUUCUUCCGAACAGCAACACUACUUUAAUACUCCGUUUCAAUUGUCUCUUCCGCCUCCAGGACAUUCUGGUCUGGUUCUAAGCGAUAGUCCAGAAUCUGCUGAUACUUCGAGUUUCGGUGUUGAAGACGGCGAUGUCAUUCUUCUAGCCACCGACGGAGUAUUCGACAAUGUGCCUGACCAAUUACUUAUCACUGAAAUGCGUAAGAUCCAAGGGGAGAGAGAUCCAACGAAGAUACAAGGAGUCGCCAACUCAAUAGCUUGGAUGGCGCGUAGCUUAGCUUUCGACGGCGCAUUUAUGUCUCCAUUCGCCCAAAGUGCUAGAGAGAAUGGAAUUGAUACCAUAGGUGGUAAACCAGACGACAUUACAGUGCUUUUAGCAACGGUGGCAAUAUAAUAAAGUAUGUACAAUAGUGUCUCGAUCAUUGUAUUAUAGUCCAUGUCAUUGCGUAUAUGUAUCUAGUUACACAUCAUUAUAUUCCGUUAUGAUAAUCAUUUAUUAUUUAAAUCUUAAUAAAUGGUUUUGUAAAUCA